AUGAAAAUUUGGAACUACUGUAAUCCGUCUAAAUACAAAGCUUUCGUUAUUGGUGGUCUGCAGAUGCUGGCCAGGACUGGCUAUAGGGCCGUCCGAGGAAGUACCACUAACUCACAGAAGAGCGCCGUGAAGUGGGAGUGUUACGCUGCUAUUCGUCUGGUGAGAAAGUUGGCAUCGCAUGUCUCAUCGCGAGCAUCGAUUGUGAGUGAUGGACGAUUCGAGGCGGGGUUCCCGGUGGUAUUGGCGGAUCGCGUGCAGCUGUGCGUGCCCCCGGAGCCUUACAGCCGC